AUGGGGUGGCUCCGCUCCCUCGUCUCCCCGCUCAGGAAGCUCUGGUGCAACAUCAACACCGUGCCGAGGAAGAAGAGAGGGAUCUACAUCCUGUACGACGACGUCAAGUCGUGCCAGUGCGAGGACGUGCACGUGCUCUGGUCCAUCCUCGUCGAGUCCCACGGCCUCCCGCCGCCCACACCGCCGGUGCUCCGGCUCACGCGGUGA